AUGUGGUUGUUCGUUCCAAUAUUUGGUACUGUUGGAUAUUCAAACUUGGCGCCAUCAACCUAUUGUGGAAGAACUAUUUGUGCUUUAAGUGGUGUAUUUGGUGUCUUUUCAAUGUCAUUUUUUAUUGCCAUAGCUACAGGAAAAUUAAUACUAACCCCAUGGGAAAACUAUGUGCAUACUUUUGUUUUAAAUACUGAAUUAGCCAAAGAACAUAAACAUCAAGCAGCAAAUGUUAUAAAAUUUGCAUGGAAAACAUGGUUUUGGAAAGCGAAAAAGACACCAUUAUCAUCUAUGCGAUAUCUUCAAAUGGAAAGAAAAUUACAUAGAUCCAUAGGUAUUAUUCAUGAAAUUAAACAAAAGCAACGAUGUCUAAAUGGCAGUACUAUUGGUCUACCUGAAAUACAGAUUAUAGAACGUAGCACAAGUAUGAAUACAGAGGAAAAAAUACGAAAAAUGGCAACAUUAGAAUCGAAAAUGGAUGAAAUAGAAGGACAAGUUGUCAAUCUGGAUUAUGCAUUGAAUGGGACACAAAAUGUAUUGUAUUUUUCUUUAUAA